GGAUGUGUGCCACUGUCCGGGACAAGUGCCCGGGUGGGGUGGGCACCGGUGUGCCCUCAUCCCUGGAGGCUGGGCAUGGGCAGGGCUGUCAGGCACAAUGGGGCUGAUGGCAGGGAGGGAGAGGGAACUAGGGAAGCCACCUUCCUUCCCUGUAGGGAUCCUGACUUGACCUUCGGAAGGGAAGAGAGGGAACUUCCCCUGGAAAGGCGCGGGUUGAGUUUGAGAGAAGCAUUAGGCAGGGCUGCCCUCCACUCGCAGGACUGCCAGGGUCAGAAACCAAAGCCGCUUCCCAGAAUGCCAGCCUGCUGCCAGCCGAUGGGGGCAGGGACUGCUCAUGGCUGCCAUGGUGCGGGCAGGACUGCUGGGCUUCGAGGCAGAGACAGAGCCCACCCGACAGCCCCAUCACUGUUCCCGGGGCCUGGAGUGGAGCCUGGCAUGUCUGGGUGCAUCUUCUGUCUGCCACCCACAGGCUGGGCAGGUCACACUGUGCCAGUCUGAGGCUCUGGGACAAAAGAGCACAGGCCAUGUCCCUGCCUCUCUCACCUCCUCAACAAGGGCCUGGUCUCCUGACAGGUGCACCGAGGUGUUUCUCGAGGCAAGAGGCGUCCUGCAUAUGGCUGGGGCCUGGGCUACAUUUUCCCAUGGUCCGCUCCUCCAGCUCCGGCCCUUAACUCUGUCCCAUGUCCAGAUAAGCAAGGCCAGAUGAAAUACGCAAGGCUCUGCCACUGCAGGGCAGGUGCUGCCUAAGGGCCAGCCUGGCCCCUGGACCGACGGGACUGAUGGGAGAGAAACUUGGGAUGUGCGAGCCAAGGGGUGUGAGGCGGUUCGCCGGGUCUCCUGAGGCAGCCACCGUUGCCUGUCACGGCUGUUCUGCCUGAAUUCCCCACGGGGGCUCAGAGAAAGUUGCCAGUGAUCUGGAUUUGGCGCGGGGUCAGUCUGGGAUGUAGGGUCUUGCCCGCUCUCCUCCACAAAGUUUGUCUUGGAUGGGCUUCCUCCCUUGAGCAAACCCCGGGGCUGGCGAGUCCCGAACAAGAAGCCUGCUGGAUCCCGCCAGGGCCCGCCCAGCCAGCGCUGCUCCAGGAGGGCUCGGGGUCCACCGAGAGCAGAGCAGAGAGCUCACAAUUCACAAAAAUACCCAGGGAACCCUCCCUCAGAGGCCGGGAGGCGGGAGCCAGAGCACAGCCGUCGGCCAGGGUAGAAACCGGGGCUGUGUCUGAGUCUGAGCAUGAAGAAAGGGGGCCACCCCUGCUGUGGUGGUGGCAGCGGCAGCGGUGGUGGCCUCUGGGAGCAGACUCUGCAGCACCAUUUCCUCUUUACGAGGUGCUGUAGUUUCCAGCUUUUUUUAAUGAUAAGCUUAUACUUGUCAUUACAAUGAGAAAGAAAGGAAUAACAACGUUUUAAAAAGUUGUGUCGAAAGCCCAUGAGACCUAAUGGGAACUACAGGAAAGAGUGAGAAAUGGCAAAUCCCAGGCAAGGCAGAGCCACAGACGGUUAGGAGAAGGAGCGGAGUUGUCUGUCUGUCCCCGACUUUAUAGGUAAGGAGGCCAAAUGCUGAGAGAGGAAGUGGUUGCUCAGGCUGCUGGGGGAGCAGGCUCUAGAAUGCUAGGGUUCUAACCCCCAGUGCAGGUUCCUCUCCUGCCAAGUUCAAGGUGUAGUGGGAGAUCUGGAUUCUGCGCUCCGAGCUGAACGGCCAGAAUUCCAUGAGGUCACCCAGAACCGCGAUUGAGCCUGGCACAGGGCUGUGUAAGGGGCUUAUAGUCUGUCCUCCAAGUCUGGCGUGGUGCCUUCAGCUCUGGUCUCCUCCCCCAACUCAUGGCCAGCACCCCCCAGCCCAGAAUGGUGCUGUGCCCAGCGAGGCCACCAAGAGGGACCAGAACCUCAAACGGGGCAACUGGGGCAACCAGAUCGAGUUUGUACUGACGAGCGUGGGCUAUGCCGUGGGCCUGGGCAAUGUCUGGCGCUUCCCAUACCUCUGCUAUCGCAACGGGGGAGGCGCCUUCAUGUUCCCCUACUUUAUCAUGCUCAUCUUCUGCGGGAUCCCCCUCUUCUUCAUGGAGCUCUCCUUCGGCCAGUUUGCAAGUCAGGGGUGCCUGGGGGUCUGGAGGAUCAGCCCCAUGUUCAAAGGUGUGGGCUACGGCAUGAUGGUGGUGUCCACGUACAUCGGCAUCUACUACAACGUGGUCAUCUGCAUCGCCUUCUACUACUUCUUCUCGUCCAUGACGCCCGUCCUGCCCUGGGCCUACUGCACCAACCCCUGGAACACGCCUGACUGCGCCGGCGUGCUGGACGCCUCCAACGCCACCAACGGCUCCCGGCCCCCCGGCGCGCCCGGCAACCUCUCCCACGUGCUCAACCACACCCUGCAGAGGACCAGCCCCAGCGAGGAGUACUGGAGGCUCUAUGUGCUGAAGCUGUCCGAUGACAUCGGGAACUUCGGGGAGGUGCGACUGCCCCUCCUUGGCUGCCUGGCUGUCUCCUGGGUGGUCGUCUUCCUCUGCCUCAUCCGAGGGGUCAAGUCUUCAGGGAAAGUGGUGUAUUUCACGGCCACGUUUCCCUACGUGGUGCUGACCAUCCUGUUCGUCCGCGGGGUGACCCUGGAAGGAGCCUUCACGGGCAUCAUGUACUACCUGACCCCACAGUGGGACAAGAUCUUGGAGGCCAAGGUGUGGGGAGAUGCCGCCUCCCAGAUCUUUUACUCGCUGGGCUGCGCCUGGGGCGGCCUCAUCACCAUGGCUUCGUACAACAAGUUCCACAACAACUGUUACCGGGACAGUGUCAUCAUUAGCAUCACUAACUGCGCCACCAGCGUCUACGCGGGCUUCGUCAUCUUCUCCAUCCUGGGCUUCAUGGCCAAUCACCUGGGAGUGGACGUGUCCCGUGUGGCAGACCACGGCCCUGGCCUGGCCUUCGUUGCGUACCCUGAGGCCCUCACACUGUUGCCCAUCUCGCCGCUCUGGUCCCUGCUCUUCUUCUUCAUGCUCAUCCUGCUGGGGCUGGGCACGCAGUUCUGCCUCCUGGAGACGCUGGUCACGGCCAUUGUGGAUGAAGUAGGGAAUGAGUGGAUCCUGCAGAAAAAGACUUACGUGACCUUGGGCGUGGCUGUGGCUGGCUUCCUGCUGGGCAUCCCCCUCACGAGCCAGGCAGGUAUCUACUGGCUGCUGCUGAUGGACAACUACGCGGCCAGCUUCUCCUUGGUCGUCAUCUCCUGCAUCAUGUGUGUGUCCAUCAUGUACAUUUACGGGCACCGGAACUACUUCCACGACAUCCAGAUGAUGCUGGGAUUCCCGCCACCCCUCUUCUUCCAGAUCUGCUGGCGCUUCGUCUCUCCAGCCAUCAUCUUUUUCAUUCUCAUCUUCUCGGUGAUCCAGUACCGGCCAAUCACCUACAACCACUACGAGUAUCCAGGCUGGGCCGUGACCAUCGGCUUCCUCAUGGCCCUGUCCUCGGUCCUCUGCAUCCCACUCUACGCCCUGUUCCAGCUCUGCCGCACAGAUGGGGACACCCUCCUCCAGCGUUUGAAAAAUGCCACAAAGCCAAGCCGAGACUGGGGCCCCGCCCUCCUGGAGCACCGAAUUGGGCGCUAUGCCCCCGCCCUCCCGCCCUCUCCUGAAGACGGCCUAGAGGUCCAGCCGCUGCACCCGGACAAGGCCCAGAUCCCCAUGGUGGGCAGUAAUGGCUCGAGCCGUCUGCAGGACUCCCGGAUAUGAGUGCAGCCGCGGGGGGGAGUGCCCCACCCCCGCCCCGAGCUCCCACCACAGAGACUGGGGAGCGGUGGACAGGUGUCACCGCCUGCCCCCACCACGCCCUGGCCAGGGCGGCUCCCGUCACCUUGGCCACCACUGCUCGCGCGGUCACUCGUGCUCGUGUCCCUAGUGUUUACAGGUCCUAUGGAUGCCAAGAUGGCAGCUGGGGGAUGUGGGUGAUGGAGGGGUCUGCUGCGGGGCCCAAAGCACUUUG